AUGUUCAUUGGGAUAGAUUGGACGUCGGCCGUGGGCGUGACGAUACCAAUAGGUGAAAAGGGUAACUAUCCUAAAGUUGGGAGCGAAAAGAAAGAUGAGCCGCUCACUGUGGAGGACGACCCAAGAUACAGACAAGUAGUGGCUAAUGACAGAGCAAGAACCGGAGUCAUCGAAGCGGUGGUACUGAAAGAGUGCACAACGACUGCCGUUAGGGACAACCAGGUUCAUGCCAGUGCACCCACCACGAGCGGCCGAUGGGACGCUACUUCUGAAGAACGUUUACAGCACGCAGGUCAACCUAUAAUGGGCGACACCGAGGGUGUGCAUACGGUCAAGAGAGGUACAGAACUAUCAGUACCAGAAGAAAAGAUAUUCUCUAUGCAGGCAGUUGCGAGCGCUCUGUGCGUGAAGAAAUCACAAGAAGAACUGAAAACUGAGCCGACCAGAUGUACUGAAGAGCGAGAAACCGAGGCCGUACGUCGACGGUGA